CGAUAAGUCGGUAACCUAAGAUAAUGACUUUUUCUAAAAAAAUCUCUAUUUUGAGUAGAAUAGAGAGAUAUUCGUUUUUUUUUGGAGUUCAAUGGAGAAAUUUUGGAGGAGUUUCAGUAAAAACAUUUCAAAAAAAUAUAAGUUCAUUUAAAGGCAAUAAAAGGCCUAAAUAUGAGAGAUCUAUUAUGUAUUAUGGAGGAUAUUAUUUAUCUAAAGAUAGAGGAAUGUUUUUUAGGGAUUUUUUUGUUUUUAAAUGUCAGUUUUCUACAACAUCAAAGGUAUUAUCAGAAUAUCGAGAAAAAACUUUGGAGAUGAUCCCAGAGAAUACAGAAACAGUAGUUGAAACACCGUUAGAAGAGGUUAUUCAUAGGGUCGGGGAUUUGAAGGCAAUGGGAUUUUGUAAUUGGACACCUGUUGGUUUUUUACAGCAAUGUCUAGAGUAUAUAUAUGUAUUUACAGGAUUACCAUGGUGGGCAAGUAUAGCAACACUAACGGUUAUAAUAAGAUUUUGUAUGGUUCCACUUCUGAUUGGGAUGAUUCGAAAUCUAAGUACACUUGCACUUAUUCAUCCUGAAGUUCAAAAUCAUAUGAAGGCACUUAAAGAAGCUCAACUAGAAGGAGAUAUAAUAGAACAAACCAAAAGGACGCAGUCUAUUCAGAAGUUAUUUAAAGAGUAUAAAGUGAAUCCAUUAAAGUCACUUGCUAUGCCAUUUAUACAAAUGCCAGUUUUUAUUAGUUUUUAUCUUGCAUGUUCUCGUAUGGCAUCGUUACCAGUUCCUGGACUAAAGAAUGGAGGGUUAGGAUGGUUUAAUGAUUUAAGUGCAAGCGAUCCAUAUUUUAUUUUACCUUUUCUUAAUUCAUCUCUUAUGUUUAUUAAUUUAGAGCUUGGAUCUGAAGUUGGUUCUAGUGCAUCAACCAAUGCAAAUAUGAAAAUGAGGAAUCUUUUUCGAAUGAUAAUCCUUUUAACACCGCUUUUUACCAUAAAAUUCCAAUCAGCAGUUUUUUGUUAUUGGAUUACUUCAAAUAUUUUUUCACUAGGACAAGGUUUUAUGCUUCGUCAUUCAUCUGUUAGACAUUUUUUAAAUCUACCACCUCUCAAGCCUAAAACCCAAUCUGAUAAAUCUGACAAUUCUAAAGAUUCUGAAGGAUUUAAAUCAAAUUUUAUAGCUAUGGUAGAAGGUAUUAAAAAUACACAUCGUCAGGUCUUAGAAACAAGCAAAAAUGUGUAUAAAACAUCAAAUCAAUCAAAUAAACAUCGUCCUGUAGAUAAAACUCUUGAGGCAUAUAUGUUAAGAAAAAAAAUUAAGUACAAACAGAAACAAGAAAAUAAAGAAAAACAACAUGAAACAUCAUAAAAUCAUUUCUGGAAUAUCAUAUCAUCAAAAUAAAUAACAAUUAAUC